AUGACUUCCGUCCAGCUAAAGACGCCCGCUACGGGUGAAUACACCCAGCCUACCGGCCUCUUCAUCAAUAACGAGUUCGUCAAAGGCGUCGACGGCAAGACCUUCGAUGUCAUCAACCCGUCCGACGAAUCCGUCAUCUGCUCCGUGCACGAAGCCACUGAGAAAGAUGUCGACAUCGCCGUCAAGGCGGCGCGCGCGGCGUUCGAUGGCGAAUGGAGGCGCGUAACGCCCGAGCAGCGGGGAAAGUACCUUCGCAAGCUUGCGGAUCUGUUCGAGGCGAACGUUGAGAAGCUCGGGGCGGUGGAGGCGCUGGAUAACGGGAAGGCGUUCAGCAUCGCGAAGAACGAUGUGGCAGGUGGGGCAGCGUGCUUGAGAUAUUAUGGCGGGUGGGCGGAUAAGAUUGAGGGGAAGGUCGUGGAUACCACGCCGGAUACGUUCAAUUACGUGAGGAAAGAGCCGAUCGGUGUCUGCGGGCAAAUCAUCCCGUGGAACUUCCCCAUCCUGAUGUGGUGCUGGAAGAUCGGUCCUGCUGUCGCCGCCGGCAACACGGUGAUCAUCAAGACCGCCGAACAGACCCCCCUCUCCGCCCUGGUCGCCGCCGAACUCAUCAAGGAGGCCGGCUUCCCCCCCGGCGUCAUCAACGUCAUCUCCGGCUUCGGCAAGGUCGCCGGCGCCGCCAUCUCCUCGCACAUGGAGAUCGACAAGGUCGCCUUCACCGGCUCGACGGUCGUCGGACGGCAGAUCAUGAAGGCCGCCGCGGACUCGAACUUGAAGAAGGUGACACUCGAGCUGGGCGGGAAGAGCCCGAACAUCGUGUUCGACGACGCGGAUAUCGAUAAUGCCAUCUCGUGGGUUAACUUCGGGAUCUACUUCAAUCACGGACAGUGUUGCUGUGCGGGAUCGCGGAUCUACGUGCAGGAGGGCAUCUAUGAGAAGUUCCUGCAGCGGUUCAAGGAGCGCGCGGCGAAGAACGUCGUGGGCGAUCCGUUCCAUGCGGAUACCUUCCAGGGGCCGCAAGUCUCGCAGCUACAAUACGACCGUAUCAUGAGCUACAUCGAGCACGGCAAAGAAUCCGGCGCCACGGUCGAAAUCGGCGGUACCCGCAAGGGCGACAAAGGCUACUUCAUCGAACCCACCAUCUUCUCCAACGUCACCGACGACAUGAAGAUCGUGCAGGAGGAGAUCUUCGGCCCGGUGUGCUCCAUCAGCAAGUUCAAGACCAAGGCCGAUGUCAUCGCCCUCGGCAACAAUACCACCUACGGUCUUGCCGCCGCCGUCCACACCACCAAUCUGAACACCGCCAUCGAGGUCGCCAACUCCCUGAAGGCCGGCACCGUCUGGGUCAACGCGUACAACAUGCUGCAUCAUCAGCUGCCGUUCGGCGGGUAUAAGGAGUCGGGCAUCGGACGCGAGUUGGGCGAGGAUGCGUUGGAGAAUUAUCUGCAGACCAAGACGGUGAGCAUCCGUCUGGCCGAUGCGUUGUUCGGCUAA